AUGGAAACAAAAACAAUGAAAGCAAUUGGAGUCGCCAAGUAUGGUGCAGUCGACAACUUCGAGUCCCGCGACGUUCCGCGACCCGGGAGCCCUACGGGAAUGGAUAUUCUUAUUCAAGUCAAGGCCUGUUCUGUGAAUCCCAUCGACACCAAAGUUCGCAGAGGGACUUAUGAUGACGCUCCAGACUACUACAAGUUUGUGCCCAAGGAUUUCCAUAUCAUUGGGUUUGAUGGUGCCGGAACCGUUUUGGAGGUCGGGCCUGAGUGCACAAAUAUAAAGCCAGGCGAUGAUGUCUUCUUCGUGAGCUCCACUACUCGCCAAGGCAGUGCUGCAGAGUACGUCCUAGUUGAUGAACGUCUCUGUGCCGAGAAGCCGAAGUCGCUUGACUUCGUGGAAGCCGCUAGUAUGGGCCUGACCUUCGGUACUGCAUACCAGUCACUUGUUGAUAGGCUGGAGAUUAAGCAGAACGAAAACGUUGGUAUUCUGAUUAUCAAUGGCGGAGGUGGAGUUGGAAGUGCUGCCAUCCAAAUCGCUAGGAAAGUUUUGCAACUUCCCGUGGUGAUUGCAACUGCAUCCCGACCUGAGACCAUGGAGUCAUGCAGGAAAAUGGGUGCCACCCAUGUUGUGAAUCAUAGGGUGGAUCUCGAGUCCCAGAUCAAAGCCUUGAACCUGGGUGUCCCAAUCAGGUACGUUUACGUGGUCGCAAGGACGGAGCAAUAUAUCUACGCCCUGGGCAAAAUCUGUGCACCCUUCGCCAAAGUUUGCUCAAUCGUGCAAGCCAAGUUCGAUCUCUAUGGGACCGAUUUUAUGUCAAAGUCGAUGACCUUCUCAUGGGACUGGCUAGGCUCAUCAGCCUAUCAUCGUACGAAUCUGGAGAACUAUCGCCGAAUCUUUGGGGCCUUGGCCCGUUACAUAGACGAGGGAAAGUUGGUACCAAACCUCAACAAACGUCUUAAGUUGAAUCUUGCUGGACUGAAGGAAGCUCAUCAGUUAAUUGAGUCUGCAACCACUGUGGGAAAACUUGCUCUAGGGGUGGAUGAGCCAGGCGAAGGGGCUCCAUUUACUUAA